AUGUGCGGAAUCUUUGGAGUAUUCUUUGGCUAGAAUCUAGACAUUUAGAAGAUCAUUAAACACUCUUAGCACCUCAGACACAGAGGUAGAGAUGGCUUCGAGUACACUGCUGGCACCGACAACGAAUUCAUUAUCGCUCAAUACAGACACAUCGUCAUUGACAAGUCACAUGGCACCCAACCAUUUGUUGUGGGAGAUUCAAACAGCAGACUGAUUUGGGUGAUGAACAGUGAAGUUUAUAACCAUAUCCAUAUCAGAGAUGAGACUGACACCAAUCAUCACAUUGAAACAAGCAGCGACUCUGCAGCUAUCGGCUAUUUAUAUAAAUAGUAUGGCGAAGACAAAGCUGAUUUGCCAUCUCUUGUAAGAAAGAUGGAUGGUAAGUUUGCUUUCAUUCUCUAUGACGAAAGCAAAAAGUUCCUUUUCAUUGGAAGAGAUCACAUGGGACUUUGCCCACUUUACUGGGGUCACAACUCAGAUGGCAGCAUUUACAUCUCAAGUGAACUGAAAGCUAUCGAAGGUUUGUGCGAAGACUUCACUUACUUCCCUCCUGGACACUGUUACUCCACAACUGGAGGUCUAUAAAAAUGGUAUGAUCCAGAUUGGCAACACGUCAUCCCUCCUCUUUAAAACAUGGAUGAUUAAUUUGUUUAGAUUAGAGAAACCCUCAUCAAUGCUUGCAAAAAGAGACUAAUGUCUGAUGUCCCAAUAGCAUUCUUACUUUCGGGAGGCUUGGACUCAUCAUUGAUCUGCAGCAUAAUAAAGAGAUUACGCCCAGAUGACGAGAUUCACACCUUUAGUAUCGGUAUUAAGGGAUCCCCAGAUCUUCUUGCUGCUAAAGAGGUAGCAGACUUCCUUGGCACUAUUCACCACGAAUACAACUUCACUGUAGAAGAAGCAAUUGAAGUAGUAAAUGAUGUAGUAUAUUAUAUUGAGAGCUUUGAACAAGUCAGAGCAUCAGUUCCAAUGUAUCUACUUACUAAGAAGAUACACGAGGAAGGCUUCAAGGUCGUCUUAUCUGGAGAAGGAUCAGACGAGAUCUUUGGAGGAUACCUGUACUUCCAUUAUGCACCCAACAGGGAUGAAUACCAAAGAGAACUAGUUAGAAAAGUGACUAGACUUCAUCUUUGGGAUGUUUUGAGAGCCAACAAGGUUGGACAUGCUGGUGGAGUAGAGGUGAGAUGCCCAUUCCUCGACCGUGACUUGAUUGAAGUAGUCAUGAACACUGAUCCAACUCUUAAGAUGUGCGAUAACAAAUCUAGACCAGACGGUGCUCACCCUAAGAUGGAGAAAUACAUACUUAGAAAGGCCUUUGAUGAUGAACAACAACCAUUCCUACCAGAAAAACUUCUGUGGAGACAAAAGGAACAAUUUAGUGACGGUGUGGGAUAUGAUUGGGUUAAUGGAUUGAAAGAACAUUCCGAGAGACUCGUAUCUGAUGAGGUCUGGAACAACAGACACAUUGCAUACCCCUUCGAUGCACCAAGAACUAAGGAGUACUAUUUCCUAAGACAAACAUUUGAAUCUCAUUUCCCUAGCAAGUGCGCUUCAAAGACUGUCCCUAAAGAUUUAUCAAUAGCAUGUUCAACUCCAGAAGCUUUAGUCUGGAAUAAGUAAUGGUAGAACGUGUAGGAAAUUUCAGGAAGAGCUUUGAACAUUCACGAGUAGGGUUACGAAAAUGAAAAUAAUCAAUGA